AUGAUGAACUACCCAAGGCUCCUGCUUUCAACGACGAGGAAGCGUUUAGUAGCUCCAAUACAGGAGGGGCUAUCGUCGUCGACCAGAAGUAGAGUGAGGUCGUCACGACAAGUACUGCGACCGCCAUGUUGCUUGUCCCGUUCGCUUUCUUCCAGUAGCGACGGCAGCAGCACGUCGGUAGCCUUUGAUCGCACCAUCAAGCAACGUCAACGCGACAAUGCAGCCCGAGCACAGCAACUGUGGAAACAAGCAGAUGAUGAUAUCAAUGAUACUGAUCGAGUAUCAUACGACUAUUUUCGGGAGGAAAUAGCCCGUCGGUUGGUCGAUCGAUUGGAUGAUAUUCGGAGAGAAGAAGGAUUCCCAUUGACGCUGGAUGUCGGAUCGGGUCCGGGAUACAUUUAUCGAGCCAUCUGUGCGGACGAUGCCCUGGAAGGAGAGGGAGGAAUUGGUGGUGUUCGAAAACUGGUCCAGUUGGAUUCUAGCCAGGAAAUGCUUCACCGCGACGCGGAGGAAGAGUUUGAAGGCAUGGACCGAUGCGGCACCUACCGAAUGCAUGCCGAGGAGGAAGGGAAGCUACCGUUUCCAGAUGGAACCUUUGAUCUUGUCAUUAGUUCGUGCGCUUUGCAUUGGGUCAAUAAUCUACCAGGCUUGUUCAAGGAGGCACAUCGAGUCUUGAAACCAGAUGGAUGUUUCAUGUUUGCCAUGGUGGGUGGAGAGACGUUGCCCGAACUUCGAGUGGCAAUGGUCAUGGCAGAAUUGGAACGAGAGGGUGGAGUCAGCCCUCACGUCGGACCUUUUGUGGAACUCUCCGACAUUGGGUCUCUAAUGCAACGUGCGAAAUUUGCCCUCCCAACCAUUGAUAUUGACACGGUACAUGUAUCCUAUCCAGAUGCCUUUGUUCUCAUGGAACAUCUCCAAAGAAUGGGCGAAAACAACGCCAGUAUCAAAAAGAGGGAGCGAACAGCACAAGACACCUUUCUAGCCACGGCAUGCAUUUAUGAUGAGCUCUAUGCAAUGCAACCACAAGAUGGCGAUCCAGAUCUCGGUAAUAAAGAGGUGGAAGCAUCGGUGCAAGUGAUAUUUGCCAUUGGAUGGACGCCGGAUGCUUCGCAACAGCAACCAAAGGCCCGUGGAUCGGCAACGCACAAGAUCGGGGAAGUGGUAGUGGACAAGACUGAUGGCCAAUGA